AUGUCAUCAUCGAAACUACAAAUGAGACAUUCAAGGAGUAUACUUCUCGUCAUUUUAUUGAAAUAUCUUAUUGGAACAAUACAGUCCAACGGUUUGGCAACUUUCGAUCAGAUGAAGUAUAUGAAGGAUGUGAUUAGUCGUAGUAAUUAUGAAAAGAUUCAAUUGGUCAAUGAUACAUAUAGAAAACCGUUUCAUUAUUAUUACAAUCAAAUAGUUUGUACAAAUUGUCCACCUCCAGUUACAUUGAAUACUUUUCUAAAACAUAAAUCCUCGAAAUCGUCGAAAUUAAUGAACAUUGAACAAGUAUUGGAAUUUGAACAACUGGAUGUGUCAAAACGACUUUUAUUUUAUCCUGAAUAUUAUGGUUCGAUUCAAGAUGGCGUUUCUGUUUCAACUGACGGUAUGAAUUCGAAUAUGUUUUUUUGA